UCCCGUUUCACUCACACCGUCUGCCCUCCGUCAUAGUACUCUCCUCUCUCUCACCGCUAUUCAUCACCAUCCAGGAUACAUUUGCACAAACCCACGCAGGUAGACCGAAGACUGUCCGCUGGACUGAAGUGUGUUGGCCGAUAAAUGAAGAUAGAUGUGCGUUAUUUGGAAAGAGCUUGAGAGUGGGGAUCUGUGGCAGUGCUGUUGAAGCUGAAGUUCUCACUUUACUACGUAUUUUGUCCCGAAGGAUAACACACUCACACACAGCUGCAGAGCCACACUCGUUGCGUGUCCCCAGGGAUGGUUUGUUCAUCAUGAUCCAGACUGAAGAUGUGUUCGCGUGCUGUUGGAAUUAUCGGAAAAAGAGUGGGAAAAUUCCCUCUGAAGUCACAGAGCCUUGAAAGACAACGUCAUGUGACGCCGGAUGAAAGCUGCCAGCUCCAACUGUAGCAAACAUAGGUCGAUGACUGAGAACUCCGCCUCGCACGAUGGACAAGAAAAGUGCCAAUGGCUUUCAGACCAAAGCCAGUGAGGGUGGUGUUCAGAGGAAGCAGCUGCCCUACUCAGUGGAAACUCCCUAUGGCUUCCACCUGGACCUGGACUUCCUCAAGUAUGUCGACGAUAUUGAAAAAGGCAAUACCAUCAAAAGGGUCCACAUUCAGCGCAGGGUCAAGGGCCCACCUAAAUUCAGCACUCUGCCCAGAAAUUUCAGUCUUCCAGGGCAUGGAGCUCGGCCUGCCCCAAAGGAAAAGGACAGCACAUGGUCUGGGACAUCUACCCUGGGGCCCAAGCCUAAAUCACGGGUGACAGAAGUCCAACAGAUAUUUGACUUCAGGGCAAGUGAAGGGGGAAGCCAGAGCAGCAGGGCGGCAACCAGUCAGGGAACUGGCUAUUUUCCAGCUAAGCCCAGAGAUGAGGUGGGAGCUGGGUCUCGGGAUGGUGAAGAGAAAUCUAUCGGGGUUCAAAGUCGGCCGAACCUGCUCCGAGCAUCAAGCAUGCCCAUCACCCUUCAACAGCGGAAAGGUUCUGAUUCAAGUAGUCCAGACCGUACUGUGGGAACACCGGAGAGUGGGUCAACAGAGAACGUGUUCCGCGCUUCACCAGACAUAACAGAGAGACGGUGUGUUCCCCAGGAUCGGACAGGGCUUCACCAGCAGAUCACGGUGGCUUUAAAGCGUGUCCGAGAGCUAGAAGAGCAGGUCAAAACCAUCCCAGAACUAAAGGCUCAGAUCUGCUCACUAAGAGAAGAGCGGGAGGAACUGCUGCUUCAGCUCCAAGCCCAGGCCCAAGCACAGGUUUCCAUAACAUCCUCUACUAUAUUACCAAGUCCUGUUUCUGGGACAUAUGCUAAGCCACAAGGACACAGACCUUCAGGAGGACUCAACUUAGCUCUGAUGACUCACCCCACUGGAGGUUUAGAGGCUUCAGAGUGCGUGCCAGCAAAGCUGGUAACAGGGAAUGAGAAACAGAGUCUGAUAGACAAAAGUAGAGUGUUACAAAAAGAGACGGAGAUAAAUCAGGAAUCUCUUAAGAGUUCCUUGGCACAUGGAGAAAUGGGUGGGUUGUCAGACAAUGAAUCACAAAGACAAACACAUCCAUCAGAAAAAUCAGAUAAACAAAAAGAGACAUUAGUGAGUCCUCUGGGGCAUGCGGUUCAGAAGCUAUCACAGAACAUUGCAGGGCAAGAAUUAACACCACUUACGGUGGCUAUAAGAGAUGCAGCAACUAGCAGUAUUCUAGAUGUUAAUGCAGCAAAAGUGGGACAACCCGUAGACCCAGACAAUAUGCAUACGCUGCAGGUGAAGCUUCAGGAACUGGAGGCUAAACUUACCCAAGCUAGUGAUGAGCUGGAUAGAACUAAUUCUCUUUUGAAAGAACAGUUAGAGGAGAAUAAGGCAAAAGAGCAGAAAAUACUGGAACUGAGCGAGGGAGUGAGAGUGGAGGUCUGUACUACAGAAGUACACAACAGGCCAAGAAGAGAGAGUAUCGACACAGGGACAGAGACAGAGAGAUUAGAUGUUGCCAACCAAGAGACAGAGACAGAAUCGCCUGGUACAAUAGACCAGGGAACAGACACAGAUAGAAUCUGUAUUGAAGUGUGUGCACCCAGACCCAGGACUGGAAGUUUAGAUCCCGGGACAGCGACGGAUGAGGUUGACACACAUGAACACUUGACAGAGAUGGGGGCAGAAGCACCUGCUGUCAGCCCACCAAGACCCAGAGCCAACAGCAUGGAACGGGGCACAGUAACUGAGAGGAUCGCCACUCAGGAUCAGAUGACCGAGACGCCCGCAGCGGAAAGGGUAAACCAAGUGACAGAAACAGAGGGAGAGACGGUGACAGACCAUCCGCAGAGGCCGAGGGCAAGCAGCGUCGACCGAGGGACGGAGACAGAGAGAGUGGACACCGUGGACAGGGUGACAGAGACAGAGGCAGCACAGAGGAUAGACCAGCAGACCGAGACAGAGAUAAACAGACGCCACGAUAACAAUCCAGCCAGAGGUGUCGACGCAGGGAGUCAGAUGAGAGAAAGCACAGGCGAUGAAAAUUUAGAAGAUGUAGCUCCUGUGGUCAAUGAAAGCGUGGCUGUGAAAGUUGUCACAGAAAGUCAAACUGCAGUUGAGCAAACUGUAGUUUCAGAUAGUGUAAGCCAGGAGGCAGGCCACACCAGUCCACCUGCUGCAGCAGGGGGAAAUGCAGAAUCUAAGAUGGAAACAAAGACUGAAUCAGAAACAAAAGAAAAUGUUCCUCCGAAGAGUGAAGUUACAGGAACUGUCGAAACAGAGCAGAUUGCACUGGAGACCGUGGAGAAGAAACAAAAGGAAGAAGGUGAGAUUGUUUGUGCAACAAUCAAAGAAACUGUGGUAACCGACAUGGUUGUAAUAACAACAGAGAGCACAUCUGUGAAGACUGUAGUCCCUGUAAGACCUCAGAGAGGCCGAAAGCUCUCAGCAGAGCAGGCACAGCCAUCACCUACUCAACUUCAGGCUGCACCUGUGCGGCCUCGUAGGGGAUCCAGUGAAACUCAAGCCGAGCAGUCCCAGCCCCAGACAAAAACCCAGCCCCAAGCACAGGUACAGGGUCCAUCUCAGCCUGAGGCCCAAACCCCAACAAAGCCCUCUGAACGGCAGAUAAAACAUCACACCCCAUUGCCCUCUCAGGUUGAGGACCAUACCCCGGUGAAGACACCUCCUGCAGAGUCCAGUGAGAAACAAUCAAAAUCACCUCCUCAGACAAACCAGGGCCAAGUCCAAGCCCAAACACGGCCCAAAUCAAUUCAAACCCAGGCUCAGCCUCAAAGCACUGCACCUAGACGUGACUCCAAAGAGCUGAAAGCAUCACAGAAGGGAUCUAGUGUGUCACAAACUCCUCGUCGUGGAUCAGGAGAAGCCCAGGCCCGCAUAACUCGCCAGGGGACAUCUGACACCCAACCUCAGUCUCAGGGCUCUCGUAGAAGUUCCACUGAGGCUAAAACUCCUCACAAAAAUGAUGGCGAUACUCAAUCACUGCGCAGAGGCUCCAGUGAAACAGCCCAGCGCCGUGGAUCAAGUGAAGCCCAAGCAUCACGUCGGGAAAGUGGCGAGACCCCUCAACCUCGCAGAGGCUCCACUGAGUCACCGACAUCACCGGCGGCUUUGGGCCAAGUCGUAACCCGUUUAACAGGGCUUCUGGGGGAGCAGUGGGCCCAGCUGGGCAGCAGCUCUGGAACUCAACAGACGGCCAACCAGCAGGAGACCCCCAGCACACAGAAACAAACGGCAGGGAAAAGAGCAGAGGCAGGCAAAGGAGCAGUAGCCAAGCCGGCGGGGAAGGCAACCCCUGCAGCAACAACAGGCAAACCAGCAGGGAAGCCUGGUCCUUCCAAAAUGAGCUCUAUUCAAAGUCAGCUGGUCAGCUCCCUCAGUGUCCUGUCUGCCUUCUACUCACCAGGCCAGAAAGCUGCUGCUGCCAGCAAACAGCAAGAACAAGCAGGUCUCAAAUCCAUUAUGAAGAAAAAUGGUGUUGCCGACAAGCAGGGGAACAAAGGAGCCAAGAAAAACCUCAAGUUUGUUGGGGUGAAUGGAGGCUAUGAGACGACGUCCAGCGAAGAGUCCAGCGGAGAUGAGAAGCCAAAGAUAGAGGUGGAGGAGGAAGACAGCUCAGAACCAGAGGUAGAGAAGGAAAAGGAGACGGAGCCUCAGCCAGAAGAGAAGCCUGAGGAGGCAGCAGAGAGCCAGCAGAAGGAUGAAGAGGUCUCGGCUGAGGGGGAAGGAGGUGCUGCAGCUGCAGAGAAGGAGGUUGAAAGAGGCCUUCUGGAUCCGGAGAUCAGCCAGGAGCUCCUGGAGGAACAGGCUGAAGGGGAGAAAGUUGACAAGAAGUUUAUAGAUGCCUGCCUUUAUGUAAAAGACCGUAUGGAAGAAGUUUCAUCCCCGGACAAAGAAAUGCGUCAGGUGUUAGUGGUGCUCUACCAGGAGUGGUUCAGGGUCUCCAGUCAAAAGGACUCGCAGGCCGAUACUGUCCGACUAUACCUCCGACAAGUGGGCUUGACCACGCCCACUCUCCUGCCAUACGUUGUGAACCUGACAGAUGGCAACGGUAACAUGGCCCUGCACUACAGUGUGUCACAUUCAAACUUCCCUGUGGUCAAACUGCUGCUGGAUACCGGGCUAUGUGAGACGGACAAUGUGAACAAGGCAGGCUACACUCCGGUGAUGCUCGCUGCGCUGACGGCCGCUGAGACCCCUGAUGAUCUGGAGGUGAUCCAACAACUGUUGAAACUGGGUGACAUCAAUGCAUGCUCCAGACAGGCGGGCCAGACAGCACUCAUGCUUGCGGUGAGCCACGGCCGCGUUGCCAUGGUGAAGCUGCUCCUGAGCUGCGGCUCGGAUGUGAAUGCCCAGGACCGCGAGGGCUCCACGGCGCUGAUGGGUGCCUGCGAACACGGACACACACACAUCGUUCGUCUGUUCCUGGAGACAGGACGCUGUGACCUCAGCCUCACGGAUAAGAAUGGACAGACAGCGCAGGCGGUGGCGGAGGGAGCCUCCCACCAAGACAUAGUUGACCUUCUGAAGGCCCACGCUGAGUCCAGAGUCUCCGAGCCCUCGUCCAGCACAGACCUCCUCUGAGCCAGGCCGACCCUGUUUACGUCUACGCCGCUCCGGCUAGCAGACCUCCAACCCUUCAACUUGCAAGACCCUGUGCUCGCCACGACGGAGGGGAAAAAUCAAGGACGUGGUGACAACCAACAAGACUGUAUGACCAGUGGAUACCCCUCUGUUUACCAUGGAACUACAAUGAAACCUCUGAGACUGGAGUGUCCAGUACGUUAUUCUUCCACAUCGCUGCCAACAUGCCCUGUGGGUGUUUAUGGAUAUGCUGCAUCAACCACUCAGUGGACAGAAAACAAAGGGAGCCGUCAGAUUAUUGAUAAGACAUUGCCAUAGCAACAAGCGUGACUGACAGGAUACUAUUUAGGGGACGGGGUGGGAAUAUAAAUAGGGAUCAGGGAUGAGUGGAUCAGAAAGUGGAUGAGGAGAUACUCUGACGAACUGCUGCUUCUGAUCAUCAACUAGCUCUUCAAGCAAAAUACUAAGCACAUGAUCUACCUGUCAAAUAUAUUAAAUAUAACAUUAUUUCUAUUUUUUUUUUUCUUUUGUGACAUUGACAUCAUUCUUUUCAUAUUUGGACAUAAGCCAUUAUUGAGAACAUAGAUUAUGUAGAAUGUUAUUCUAACAGAUUAUAAUCAUAUACAAACACAGAAACUGUAUUUUCUACUGCAAUUUUUUUUAUUGUGUUUGUGUACGGUAAAUAGUUCUCGCUAAUAUCGAUGUCCCGAAAUAACUAUAUAUCUCCAAAAGUGCGAAUUACAUAACUGAAUUAAAGAAUCGAACGUCAUGAUCAAAUUUCCCAUCGUUCACUGGAUAUCUGACAUCUAAAUGCAUUCAUUUCGCCACAGUAAUCACGUCUUUCACACAAAGGAUCAUCAUCUGUGAAUGAUCUGAAAAUCAAGUGGAUCGGCUGGAGAGAAACAUGUUUCUGUUGGACACUGAAGAAAUUAUUAUUAUUUUUUUUAUAACCACAAUAUAACCAGAGUAUAGAAAGUCUUCUGAGGAGAAGAUUGUACUGUCAGAGGGUGCUGCAUGCAAAUACACAGUUACUCCCCCUACUGGCUGUCUCAUAGUACUAAACAACAGUAUGUUGUAAUACUGUCUGUGCUCAUGAUUAACAUUUCUCACCCCCCCCCACCCCCGCCGGUUUGAGAUAUAAUGUAUGUCUUGUUCGCCUGCUCGUUUGAAAUCGAAUCAUGUAUGCAACUGCUACAAAAAUGCACAAUGAAUGUCAGGCUGGCUGUGAUACAUUCCAAGAAAACAUGUAGCAAGCCUGUAACUACACUGGCAUGGAUCACAGGGCUGACAGAGACAGUGGCUGUCUGUGGAUUGUUAGAUAUUGGAGUCUGAAUAUUUUUUAACUAACACUAGUUGACAUCGUUCCUGCCUCGAGGCACUCAUUAACGCAUACAUUAAAACUGUAACUGACAAGACGUUAAAACAGGAGGUAGAGGGUUGUUUGCGGCUUGCAGUCCAAAAAAGAAGCAAUAUUAGUGAUAUACUACCUUUUCAAUCAGAAACCAGGUAGAGAGAGAGAGAGAGAGGCUUUGGUCUAGCCUUAAUCAGACAACCAUCCUAUAUUUUCGAGGUGAGAUGUGUUUCAGGGAGAGUGUGCUCGUCUGUCCUCCACAACUCUGCACCCACAUGCUUAAAGUAUCUUGAAGCAGGAGUACUGGUCUGAUAAAAUGUUUACAACUCAACAGCUCCCUUCAGUGACCGCUGCAGAAAGUUAUCAGUUAUGAGUUUACAGCGAACAAAGGGAUCAAUCCUAUUACCCAUAAACAGACAUCUGGAGGAGUUUUCCCUCUUCCACAGAGUGAUCGUGACUGGUGGAUAUUUGACAUUUACUAUAAAUAAAAGCUUCUAAGAGGUACUUUAUUAUUGCCCCUAUAUUAUGCUGGGGAACCCUCAAGAGAAUUAUGAAGAAGAGAAAGAAAGAGAGAAAUUAUCAAAAUGGAGGCAGCAAGGGUUCUGCCCGUAGUAUGAGCGUACGAAAACACUCUACAAUAUACUACAAAUCCAAUCCACUGCAACCAGUGCCAUCAUUUUCUGGUAAAUGCCCAUUUCUUUCAAGCUCUAUACCUCCAAUUUGUAAUGACAGCUUUCUCUUAUCAAUUCUAAAUCUCCAAGAUAACAACACAGAAGCCCCGACUGGCAAGUAGGACAAUGAAAUGUUUGUUUUUCCAGCAGUGAAAAGUGAAAAGUGGUGAGAGGUUUUAGCAGGAGGAUCACUUUUCUUUUCUUUUUUUUCAGCCAGGAUCAUUUUCGUGUUAUUCUGAUACUCGUGUUUCUCAUCAUUUCUUACAGGUGAGUUUUAUUUUUUUUUUAAUGCUCUAGCAAAAAACUGUUUUUCUGAUGGAAGAUGGAAAAACAAAACAACCUCAUAUUUUCUUACUGGCUUCUCAGGGCUUCCCAAGCAUUAUGUUGGAGGUGUUUAACAUUUUUUACAGAUAAAAAAAAAAAAAAGAGAGAGAAAAGAAAAAUAACACACUUAAUCUUAAUGUUCAUUUUUAGUGCUUCUGUUGGCUUAUCUUGGAAGAAAAUUGUCCUGGCAAGACAGAAUUUCUUCUUGCUUUCCUCUGUAGUUCCAAGAUAACACAAUCUUGGUUAUUUUGACUGACUUUAGAAAACUCCUCCAGAGAAAACAUUAUCCAGCUGUUUUGCAGUACUCCUCAUGACGAACAAAACUGACUUAUAUGUGUAAACUUGUAUUGCCUCUUUAAACGGUGCCAGAGGUUUGCUGGGGUCACUGAAGGGGGAAUUUAAAGGGGAAAACCACUCAUAUUAACAACUGCCAUUUCUGUGGUCUGUGACAGUCCAGUCUGCAUUUACAGUCAGAGGAUCAAUCAAGUCGCGGUCUUGGAUCACAGUGAACUCUGUAAAGUGUUCAGAAUUUGUGUCUUGCUGACAAACAUCUCUGCUGUUAUUAUUACUUUUAGAGACCUCAAUUUUAAAUGUAUGGUCGAUCUUUAUCCACGAUGGAUCUACGUUGCCGCGACUACAGCUUCUACUGUCUCGUGGUGUGAUCCUGCACCAGUACUUUCUCAUUCCAAGGCACUUUAUUAAUGUGGGUGCUAAUGUGGGACAGUACAGACUGACAUGAAGCUAGGCCUGUUAUAUAAAGUAUAUUGGUUACAUAGUGGUAUAUACAAUGGCUGCAUUUACUGGGCAACAGUGAUAAUUUUUCAACAGUGGCUUUCUUCAGAUCAUCUUGGUGUGUUGAGUCACAGAGUAGCACAGAUUUUUCUCAGCGUCGAGGCUGCGUGUGCACAGGAUCAGGAACUCUGCGAGGCACACGUGAUCGUCGUUAGUUGUUGUCUGCAAGGGACAGACGGAACAUCAAGAGUCUGUGACACGCCUGCAGGAUGGUCCGGUCUCUGUGCUGUGUGGAGCAUCUGGUAUAUCUGGUCUUCCGUGCCUGUGUGUCAAGUCUUCUCGCAGUCAAAUCGUAUCCAUAUGUUUAAUCCAGUGUGACCCAGAUGUAACAAGGUUUCACAAGUGGCUCAACACCAAAGAACUGAAAUCCAUAUCUGUCUCACAUGGGGUUAAGUACAUAGAUUUAUCUGUUCCUGUACAUUCAGCCAAAUACAUGUACAUACAGUAUUGUGAGAAAUAUAUAACAAGUAUUGUCUGACAGUUUGCUCUAAAAAUUAUAUUAAGUAUUUAUUCCAAAUGAUAUAUUUUUUAACCAUAUAUAGUAUACUUAUGUAUGCAUGGACAAAUAUUCCAGUAUUCUGUUGGAGGGGAGAAUUUUGGAUGAUUGGAAAUUAUGCUUAAGUGUUCCCUGAUGAUGUGAUUAUUCAGCGUAUCUGUGGAUGGUUGGGCGGUAUAGUACAUGUGUGAUUUGACCAGGUUGUGGACUGUGUCAUGUGCCCUUUUAUGCUACCUUUGACAUUUGUGGGGAUGAUGCAGAGCAGAUUUGACACUGGCUUACUCUACAAGGGGCCGACGUCUCCCUUGUUUGAAUGCCCAUCUGAAAAAAUCGAAGUGUAUGUACACGACAGAGUCAAAUGUAAAAACCUGUACCUCUCGAAAAAUAUUCCUUGUACGACGGGCUUAUAUGUUACCAACCAGAGAACUACUUCUGAAUAAAGAAAUAUGAAGAUUUAA